AUGCGGAUUCAAGUGUACACAAAAUGGAUAAAUUUCUCAACAUGUUAUGCUUUGAUGCUCAUCACAUUGACGAGAAGAACAUUGGCGAAUACAGAAAAUGGAGCUGAGGCAUGGAGGAUAGAUGAAGUUGAGAGCUGUAGUUACGAGUUGUCAACGGCAAAAGCAUAUCAAACUUUUUUGAGUGAUACGGAGAAACCGAUCAAGUGCAGUGUGAAGAUAUUGGUGCCCAGAGGUCAUAUGGUACAAGUGAUAGUGGUUGGUCACGAAGAAACAUGUCUUCUCUCAUCCCACAUUCCACCAAUUACGAUUCGAGAAACCUCAACAAAUCAAAGCAGUCAGGCUUGUCUCCAAAGUGGAAAGGCAUUUUUCCUUGCAGAAGGUCCAGAAGUGUUGUUGGAAUAUCUCGCGUCUGCAACAAAUGCUCCUUUCAUGUUCGCCGUUCGCUUCUUCUCUCUCGAUAUUGAAUGUGGAGACAGAUUGGACUUCAUUCAAUUCAAACAUCCGCUUCGAUUGCACACAAAAGGAAAAGAGGAAUGCCAUGUAUUUCUUCCGGGAUCCUCCACACUCACAAUCAUUCAGUUUCAACAUAAUGGACCUCAGUGUGCCUCAAACCUUUCAAUCGCAAUCGGAAAUCACAUUUCCCGCCUGAAUCGAAGAACGAUGCCCAUUUGUUCUCUUGAGAACUCAACAACAAAGGAUUUGCUCUGUUCAGCAGCACAGAUCACGAUCAAUUCAGAGAAAGGAGUCAAAGCAACACUGCUUUUCGCCGUCAAGAUCCGUGCGAUGAGUCUAGAUCUCAUCUGGAAACAGUCCGAAUUGUGUGACACU